AUGCCUCCACCUGUUUCUUCCACGUUUGGUCCAGAUCCCGAGAGUUAUCAGAGCGCGAAUCUAGAGCAUACUACAGCUCCUGUCACCAGAUCUAGAGCUUCCACCUCAAUCACUCAACAUGGUAUCAAUGACUCUGCCGCACAGGACGUGGAGACUCAGUUGAACAUGGGCUUAGAGAGAUCUAAUGCUCAACAAUUCGUUAAUAGGACGUUCGGCGAUGGUUACGUAUUCUCUGACAACCCUGUUGACGCGGUCCAGCGCUCGAUCAAGGCAUAUAACGGAUCACGCUCAGGGGACGAGGUCAAUUCGGAGACUUCAACUCUUAGCCUUGCCAAUACAACUCCUCUAGAAACAUCUCUCGCACAAGCCACAGCUGAUUUCUCUGCUCCUGGUGGUAACAUUCAUCAAGGAUCAGUACUCGCUCCCCCUCUUGGAUGGGUUUCUCAAGGUGCUGGUACCAAUAGCCUCGCCAUUGCAAUGGCUACGGCAACUGCUUACGACUCCGGUCACGCUAGUCAGGUGAAGAAGAGCACAAGCGGCACUGACGAGCUCCAAUUUUCCAACCUAAAUCCAGCCUCAUCCUUGGCAAAUACAAACCAUACGUCUGGCCUUAGAGAUUCUCGCAAGAAAGCCUCAAAGAAGAAUACUGGUGGUGGUGGUUCUAGUGCAGGAACUCGAAGCAGCCAACACGUGAACGCGCUUCAGAGCGGUCUUCUCAGUGAAUACGGUAUGCAGCAAGCAAGCGGAGCAAACAUGGAGGCAAGUGGUAGCUCUUGCAAUAAUGCUGCUACCCCUCUCGCCGAUGGUCAAAGUCUUCAACCGAGUCCAAACAAGGCUCGGCAAGAGGUAGUUGCUGGUGGAUCUGGUACAAAGCCUGCUAGUGGUCUGUUGGGUGCAGCUCAUGGUGUCGUUGGCGAUCGUGUCCCAACGCUUACGCAAGGUGCUGCGGCGCUAGCUUUGACUCUGCCACUCGCUCAAAGCGCAACUCCCAACUCUACGAACCCCGAAUCCACAUCCGCGAAUCCUUUCAAGAACGGAACAGUCAGACUAGUUCGAUCCGCAUCCAUGAACAUCGCAACUCCCGACAACGAAGUACCAGACACCAAGUCUCCCUCCCUCGGCGACUUGCCCGUCAAGACAACCGUCAAGAAAUCUCUUGCGCCUCCCAUUGCCAAAGUCGCGGGUGCACGUCGUCCAACCAAGCGCGGUCGCAAUCCAGCCGCAGCUUCUUCUUCCAAGCCUACCACCUCCAAGGGUAACGAGUCCGGCGCAAACAUGUCAGACAAGGCCACCGCUUCUUCUUCCAAGACUAUGGCUUCCGAGGGUAACGAAUCCGGCGCGAACAUGUCAGAUAAGGCCACCGCUUCUUCUUCCAAGCCUACAACCUCCGAGGGAAACGAGUCCGACGCAAACAUGCUGGACAACGCCAGAGCAGCAGCUCUCGAGCAGAUGGGGGAGCAGAAGGGCAUGGUUUUCAACCCGCUGGCUACGAAGGUCGUUCCCGUCCGUAUCUACAUCGGUAGGGUAGACCCAAAAUACGUUGACCCACAUCCAACAACAUGGUCUAAAUCUCAAGCCCAGUUGUGGGAGGCAAAGAAGCAACAAUGGGAGCAGAAGGGCCGGGAUGUAUUGAAGACAUCUUCGCGCAAGGGCACUCGUAGCGGCUACAACUACUGGGAGUGGACCACUCGUGGCGCUGCUGGCGAGAAGGUGCAACAAUGGGUCCUUUGGCAGGAGAAUGUCACUCGCGAGAACGAGUUCGUCGACAGGGUCUACUUGACCGCUUACUCGAACUAA